CACACACACACACACACACACACACACACACACACACACAUACACACACACUUUCAAUUACGGACUGUCAGCUCCGCAGAAAAACUCACAAAAUGGAAACUCAAGGACUUUGGCGUCUCUCCUCCGUGUUGUUUCGGAUAUUUGUAUUUCUCAUCCCUUUUAUACUCUCUGGAGUUGAUGCUGAAAGCUUCCAGCUGGAGCAGAGGGUCUAUGUGGCGCUUGCUGGCGAAGAUCUCCAAAUAGACUUUUUUUUGUUCCAACCAGCAAACCAGAGUGGAGGCAGCUUGAAGUGUUUUGACCACAAGAAUCAAGUGAUACACAGCUCUGAAGUCUUGCAGAGCGGCGACGCAACAGAGCAAAUCAAAGGCAGUGUGAAACUGAGAAACCUGGUGAGCAGCCAUUCAGGAGAAUAUCACUGCGAGUACAAAUCAGCCAGGGCUUACUGGGCCCUUUUGGUGAAAGAUGAGGGCUACUGGGAGCCGCGCUCCAUAUCGGAUUACAAAGGAGCUAUGAUUGUGGGCGGCCUCACCUCAGUGCUGCUCGUUUUCAGUGCGGUCGGCUCAGUGUAUGUCUUCACAGGACGUUGGGACAAGGCGUGUUUGAGCGCUGGAGGUGGCAGCAGAAGGAGGGAGCAGGGCAGGAGUGAGCCGACCAGGGAGGAGGUGGAGGUGGAGGACAGGGAGGAGACGGCAGCUCAGGCUUCUUCUUUCUACGCCAGCCUGGAGCCUCGUCCCCGGUCCAUCUACGACGUGCUGGACCACAGGACAGCCACGCCAAAACAGUCCAACAACUCGGUGGAGCCUCCUCAAAGCCAAGAGGCAGUGUUUGAGUCUGUCUAUGAGAAUUUCUGAGACGAGCAGCUGCAGGUUUUCAUAUUUAUAUCAGCAGCUGU